AAGCAGGCCGCGGUCACACUACACACGACACCGCGAUUAAAUUAGGAAAAGUUUGCAAAUUGUAAUUUAUAACUAAAAUAAACGCACAAAGAUGGAGCCUUAUGAUGUCGUGGUCAAUCAGCCCGUGGUGAUAGAUAACGGCUCCGGUGUGAUCAAAGCCGGCUUUGCUGGUGAGCACAUUCCAAAGUGCAGGUUUCCCAAUUACAUUGGCAGACCAAAGCAUGUACGUGUCAUGGCGGGCGCCUUGGAGGGCGACAUAUUUGUAGGCCCCAAGGCUGAGGAGCAUCGUGGUCUGCUUAGCAUAAGAUAUCCCAUGGAGCACGGUAUUGUAACGGACUGGAAUGACAUGGAGCGUAUAUGGAGCUACAUAUACAGUAAAGAACAACUGGCGACGUUUACGGAGGAUCAUCCUGUGCUUUUAACAGAAGCACCCUUGAAUCCACGUCGCAAUCGUGAAAAGGCUGCUGAAUUCUUUUUCGAAGGCAUCAAUGCACCAGCGCUCUUUGUCUCCAUGCAGGCUGUGCUCAGUCUAUAUGCCACUGGCCGUGUUACGGGCGUCGUUCUUGACGCAGGCGAUGGUGUGACGCAUGCUGUGCCCAUCUAUGAGGGAUUCGCCAUGCCUCACAGUAUUAUGCGUGUGGACAUUGCCGGGCGUGAUGUGACACGUUACCUCAAAACACUUAUACGCCGUGAGGGCUUCAAUUUCCGGUCAACGGCAGAGUUUGAAAUUGUGCGCUCGAUCAAGGAGAAAGUAUGCUACUUGGCUACAAAUCCGCAGAAAGAGGAAACCGUGGAGACUGAAAAGUUUUCUUAUAAACUGCCCGACGGCAAGACACUGGAAAUUGGUCAGGCACGUUUUCGUGCACCGGAAGUGCUCUUUAGGCCCGAUUUGUUGGGCGAAGAGUGCGAGGGCAUACAUGAUGUGCUCAUGUAUUCUAUUGAAAAGUCGGAUAUGGAUCUCAGGAAAAUGCUCUAUCAGAAUAUUGUGCUCUCGGGUGGUUCAACGCUUUUCAAAGGUUUCGGCGAUCGCUUGCUGGCCGAACUAAGAAAACACUCGGCCAAGGAUCUGAAAAUUAGGAUUGCUGCGCCACAGGAGCGUCUGUACUCCACCUGGAUGGGCGGGUCUAUAUUGGCCUCACUGGACACAUUCAAAAAGAUGUGGGUCUCAAAACGAGAGUUCGAGGAGGAAGGCCAACGUGCCGUGCACAGAAAGACUUUUUAGUUUGUUUAUUUGUUUAUAUAAACGCUACAUGUAAAAGGCUUAUUAAACUUUGUAACAAAUCCAUGUGUCAGCUAACAAGAGAUUUAACUAUCACAACAACAACUAAAUUGUUAAAACAAUUGCAUAUGUGGUAAUGCAUUAAAACUAGGCGCAAAGUAUUUAAAAAUAUGCUAUUUAUUGAGAUUGCUUUCGCAACAUAUAGAAAAUAAAUCAAAACUAAAAACAA